CUUCCAACCAUCAACCCACACCACAAAUCACCAUGUCUUCAGACAAAGACCAAACCUCCACCCUCCAGUCCUACGUCGACUCGGCCUCCAGCACCUUCAACAGUGCUAUUGGCUCUCUGACCGGCAACCGAGCUGACAAGCAAAAAGCCACCGACAAACAAGCCACCGCCGACGCAGAACGUGAUCUCUCCCACACCGCCGCCAAAGCCGGCCCCUUCACCAUCGGCUCGUCUGGCGCCGUCUCUAAGGACUCUUCUGACCGCACUGAGGGUUCAUGGAACCAGACCAUCGGCUCUGCGAAGGAGGCGGUUGGCGGCUUGAUCGGCGCAGAGGGCUUGAAGAGGGAAGGCAUCCAGCAGAACCGUGAGGGCAAGGCUCAGGAGGCGCAGGGACAGCUUUCGGACCUUGGGCAGGGUGUCAAGGAUAGAGUAGGCGGAACUCUGGGAGGCAUUGGUGCGGGCCUGACGGGAGACAAGACGGGGCAGGAGCGGUAUCAGGCGCAGCAUGAUGAGGGCAAGACGAAGCAGAGGGGUGUUGAGACGGAUCUACAGAAGCAGGAUCCUAGUGCAUAGAUGUUGAAGUUCCGGGCUGAGUUCCUUCCGAGGAUGGUUUUGAUACGAGGUUUGGGCCGGUGGAUGAUGGCUGAGAUUGAUAUCCCUGGGACUCUCGAGUAGAGAUUGCCCUUUCCACUUCUACCUACAUUUUCCAAUGCAAUCAUUCUGGAAAAGUCUUGACUGUUGUUUGACUGUUUUAUGAUGGUGAUGUCGUUAA